AUUUCUCAAAAAGCGAAAAAUCAACACAUUAAAAAAAAGAUCUGACAUUAAUGAAUGUUUGGAGCCGAACUCUUGUGGAAAAGGAGCCCAAUGUCAAAAUAAUCCAGGAAGCUAUGAUUGUCGAUGCCCACAAGGUUUUAGUGGUGAUCCUUAUCAAUCAUGUCAGGAUGUGGAUGAGUGUGUACACAAUCCAUGUGGCUCAGGAGCCAUCUGUACCAACUUGAUUGGAGGCUAUCAGUGUUCUUGUCCUCCUGGUUACAGUGGAGACCCUACUCCUAGUGCUGGUUGUGUUGAUGUAGAUGAAUGUCUGGACCCAGACUUUCAUUGUGGUCAGCUUGCUGGAUGUAUCAAUACUCCAGGAAGUUAUUAUUGCCAGUGUUCACCAGGUUACACUGGGGACCCAAGAGUUCAUUGUCUAGACAUUAAUGAGUGUCCAUAUUCUUGUGGUGUUAAUACUGACUGCAUUAACAACCCAGGAAGUUACGAGUGUCAGUGUAAACCAGGGUAUAUUGGUGAUCCAUAUGCAUCCAUAGGCUGUAAAGGUAACUUUGUUACUUGA